CAACAUUUAGAGAAGUGUAUCCCAGGCCCAGUCUCCAUUUCCACCCUGCAGAACCAAAAGAAGCAACUACAGACUUUAAAACAGGAGACAGAGGCACUAUGGUUUGAAUUUGAGCUCCAGUAUGCCCAGAUAUCCCAGUUCUCCCAUCUCAUGACCACGGAAGAUAAAGGUCAAGUGGAAAAAGCCUGGGAGCAGCUGAAUCAGCAGUGGAAAGGCCAACAAAUGUGCCUACAGAGCAGUAUGGCAUCUCUAGAGAAUACUGCAGACCUGUUAGAGUCUGCAGAUGAUCAAAUCACACUGAUCACAGAUAAACUGGACCAGAUCAUCAGAAAGUCUGUGGACAUCUCCUCCUUCACCUUGGCUGAUCAUAGACUUGUAUCAGAUUUAAAGGAGAUGGACGAUAGACUGCAGUCUGAAAUGAGAAACCUCUCAGAACGACUCAUUGAAGAGGAAAGACCGGGGCCCGACACCACAUGCCCUUCAUCCCUCUGCCAGGCUCACAACAACGGUAUCCAUCAUCUCGAUCAGCUCAGACAGCGGCUGGAGAAGUUUCAGUCAGCUGCCCAGGCCCUGGAUCAAUUCCUGGCCACAGUGCGUGAAGUCAAGGCUGAGAUUUCAACCGUGCUGGCGAACCAGGACCCCAGCAGACAGCAAAAUGAGGCAGACUGGGAGCAGGAGAGACACUCUUGGCAGGCUACAAUGCAACAGAAGUUGCAGACUGCUGUGGAACAAUCUGAUAGUGUUGACAGCACUUUAAAGGCAGUGGGGAUGACUCUGACCAUUGAUGGUCCAACAGUGACGUGCCAGGAUGUGGUGACAUCAUUGUCCCAGCAAGCUGCGGACGUGGAGAAAGAGCUGAUGAGAGCCAGGAAGAGGGAGAGAAAAGAUGAGAAAUUUCUAGUUGAAAAGGAGCAAAUCAAAGAGAAUGAAGAGGUGAAUCGUUUAGAGAUACGUCAGAAAAAGACAGGGGAUGAUUCAGCACAGCAGGAGCAUCCCACUCCAAGUAUGAUGGAAGAGGAGACAGAGUUGGAGGCCAAAAGGAGUAGGCUGGAAGGAGAUAUAAUGAUGCAAAGUGAGGAAGGGAACAAGGCUCAAACAUGGAAGUCUGAAGGUGAUGUCUUAAAAGCCAAUGAUGGGAGAAGAAGAAGAAGUCUGGUUAAGAAAGAGGGCGAAGAGAAGGAGAGCUGUGUCCAGAGGACAAGUGCAUUGUUAGGUGCUCUGAGGGAGAUUAAAGAAACAGCUGAGCAGCUGAGGUUAAAGGAGCCCACCCUACCUGCUCUGCAACAGAGGUCACGUGCCUUGACAGAACUGGAAAGUCGUCUUGCUGCCCACCUCACUGAGCUGCAGUACAUACAGGAAGAAUCCUCACAAUCACGAAACCCUGAUGUGAGUCAAACCAGAGAGGUGGAGGACGUCUGGGAGGAGACCAAAAAAGCUGUAACUGAGAGGCUGGAGCAGUGUAAUGUCGUAACAGAGCUGCUGAAGAGGUUUCAGAGCAUUCGUGGUGAGCUGAGUGGGACACUGCAGAGGGCAGAGAGCACCAUCAGUGAACAAGCCUCCUACAUGGGGAAAGACAACCUGCAGCGACUGCACACUAAGGUCCAGGAAACAAAAGCAGAACUGAAUGGCCUUGGGGAUGGCAUAGAGGAGGUCCGCAGUGUCUGCAGGCAGCUUCACACUCAUCUACGGCAGAUCCCAGAACUUAUCAUCCCAUUUGAGGGUGAAGCGGAUGCUCUCAUGGACCGCUGGCUGGAUAUAUCGGAAAGAACAGAUUCCCACCUUGAAAAUAUACACCUUGGCCUGACUCUGUGGGAUGGGAUCCUCCAUCUGGGAGCAGAGGUGGAGAACUGGACUGCCAAUAAAUUGGCAGUAUUUGCUCAAUCUCCAUCCUUUCAGACAGAGGAAGACAUCAGUGCCUUGCGGAAUGAGAUUGUGGCCCAAGAGGAGAAUAUGGAGCGUUUCCACCGAAAAACUAUUGAGAUUCAGGUGCUGCUUCAAAGCUCAGAGCCCCAUCUGGAGCUACAGGUUGUCGAGACUCAGAUGAGAAAGAAGAUGGAGCAGCUGAAAGAGCUUGUUUCUGAAGCUGAGGAUGUUUACAGGCAGUUGGUAGCUGCUAAAGGACAAAUUACUGCCAGGAUGGCUGAAUGUUUUAACUCCCUCCAGAAGAUUCAGGACUCCCUCCUCACUCUUAGUGGUUCAGAUGUUGCAACAGUCCUUGCAAAACUUAAGGAACUAUUUUGUGAGCUCCAGACCCAGGGUGAGCAGACAGAGAGUCUGCUGGAGGAUCUGCAUGUUAUGGCCUCCAUAGCAAGUUCAUCCAGCCUACAGAGUCUGUCUGUGGACGGGAUGCAGCUACAAGAUAAAGUCAAAAACACCCAUCAGCUCUUUUCUGAGGUGGAAGAACAGACUGAGAGGAAUAUCCAGGCCCUCAACAGGCUGCAGAGGGUUAGUGCGCAUUUGGAACAAUGGUUGCAAGCUGUUGAGGAGAAAGCAGUGAAGGAGGAGGAUCUUAGUCUCCUGCAAGAGGAAGUACUUCAACAAAGGGUGAGAACAGAGGCCCUCAAUCAGCUUGUGUCAACCUUACAAAGCAGCCCACUUCAGCAGUCUGCUCUGGUGAAAGAGAGUAGCAAAUUGCUGGAACGAUACCACAACUUUCAAACCAACACACUGCAUGGCUUCAUGGAGAGGCAGAGCUCUUUGAGCAGGGACAUCGGAGCGUUUCAGAGCCUUUCAAAGUCCACUCAAUCCUGGUUUGGAGAUCUGAGACACACUGUUGACUCUCCACUAGGUGAAAGCCUUGAUAUCCAGAGUCCCGUAGAGCAGAGACUUCACCAUGCUCAGGCUGUGGUAAGUGCAAAGGCAGAGGGGGAGGCUCGCCUUGAAGAGCUCAGAGUAAUUGGAAAUGAUAUGAGCCACAGACUGUGUGAUGGAGACGACCUGAAACGUGACAUUCAGGAAACCAUUCAGAAAACGGAGGAGCAGUGGAAGGACCUUCUCCAGUCAGUUGAGUCUCAUCACAGUGUCCUACAAGGUGAUCUAGAGCUCACCUCCUCCUACCUUGCCCAGAGACAGCAGGCCUGCCGCACAGUGGAGGCGCUCCAGCACAGAACUGCUCGGCUUCCCACUUUAUUCCCCUGGCCUGGCACGGCUGAGCGCAGACAAGUCUGCCUUCUAGCCCGUCAACUGCAGGAUGAGACUGAGUCACUCCUAUUGACUCUUACCAGCCUGGCUGAACAGAGGAGGGAGAUGACUGAGCGAAGCAGCGACACCAUCUGGAAAGAUUCCUCCUCGGCUGAGCUGGAGACCUGCUUGUCAUCACUGAAGGCAGAGCUGCUGGGUGUGUGUUCCCGCCUCGAGGAAGGUGUGUGUAAUGAGGAACAUUUUGGCCAGUUGCUGCAGGAAUGCCACCAUAAAUUGACAUCCCUGCAGGAGAAGAUGUCAGCCUGUCAAGCCCAGAAAGAAAUCUCAGUUGGAAUGAUCACUGAUGUACCAGCUCUGGAGGCUUUGCUACAAGAAGUAACAGACACAGAAAAAUGCCUUUUAGAAAUUCUAACACUGAAGGACUCUAUCACAGCCAGUUCCACAGCCGAGGCCCAGUCCAGCCUCUCCCAACAAGUCAGCAACCUCCAAAACCACAAGAUGGCACUAGAUAGUAGCAUCAGAGAGGCACUGCUCACUGAGAUCAGCAGCCAGGGAGUUCAACAUGUGAGGGACGAGGUAUCCUGUGUACAGUCAGCACUAAAACACCUGGCUGAAGAUGUUGGAAAUCUGUGUGGGAACCGUGAAGCGUUGCUUGAUAUCAGCCAGCUCAAACAGCAGUGGUACACAAUACAGGAUUGUGAUACCAGGCUGAAAGAGUUGGCAGCAAGAGUUAACAACCUGCAAAAGCCUGCAGAGUUGAGCAACACACAAGAAAAGCUUCCUGCAGCUGUAAUUUUGACCAUUGAUGCUGUUGCUAAAGACCUUGACAGCUUCAGGUCCAUUUAUCUACAAAAGAAGCAGGAGUGUUCCGAAAACACAGCUAACAGGGUGAGGCAGGUCAUCAGCCAGCUGCAUAAGUGGAGCCAAACAGUACAAGCUGAACCUUCAUCAGCCAGCCCGGCAGCUGUGGAUGAGGGUUUGUUGCUUCAACAAGCUGUUCAUGACGUGCUCUCAGAACGAGAUUUUCUUCUACACUGUCUUGGAAGAAGAGCGACAAAGGAACUGGAGAAAAGUGCUUCCGAUGCUCUCAGUGAAAGCAAACCUAAAGUUGAAACUUUAUCUAAAUCCCUGAUCCAAGAAAGCAUGGAGCCUGAGAGGACGGCAUCAGGCUUGGCAUCUGAUCUGCAGACAACAGGUGGAUCACCAGAGUCCUACAAACAAAAGUCCACCAUGCAGGAUAUUUUGUCUGAGAUCCAGAGCUUGGUGGAACGAAGUAAUAUAAUAAAUCGGACACCACACAUUGAUUUGAAUUGGUACCUGAAAUCCUCUCCUGAUGAACCAGAGAUUCGAUUGGUACGGACUGUCCAAAAAGUUCUGAUAUGUCGCUAUAAACCAGCACAACUUGAUAUCAUGGCAAUGGUCAAACAACUGAAGGAGGCAGAGGACUACAGACGCUGUGUGCAGGAGCAAGUGGUUACUAUGAAAAGCAUAAGAGCUGCCAGGAUUUGUGACCCAGAUGCCUUAAAAAGUGCUGAAGAACAGUGGAGUGCUGCACUGCUGGAUGCGUCUGCCACAGUGCAGGUCAAAGCAGCACAACUGGAUCAGGUCAAACAGUAUCACAAACAAAUGAAGAUCACCAGAGCAUUUCUGGAGGUUGUAGCUGUUGAGAAAGACAAAAUGAGCUUAAAAACUUUGGGAAGCAGUGCCCUUCAAGCUGACAAACUCCACGCCCUUCUGCAAACCAUGGUACAGAAAAAAGACAUGAUAGAAGAGCUCCUCCAGUUAAGUAGCCAAUUGUCAAUCCACUUGAGCAAAGCUGAAAGUUCAGGCGCUCUUCUUGCCCAGCUUGAAGAUAUCCAGGAGGAAUGGAGGCUUUUAGAAGGAAGUAUCAAAAGAGCUCUGCAGCAUGCCUCGAGCUCCGCCACUCAAUCCUCUCUUCUCAUAAAAGAGGCUGAACAUCUUAAAGCCAAGCUUGAAUCUCUUCAGACAACCAACUUUCAAAGCCAUGAUUGCAAAAGUGCUUUAGAAUUUUUUUGUCUUACCACUGACCUAAAACUGUACAAACAGCUUUAUCUGCACUUACAAUCCCAGUCAGAUGCUCUUGUCCAUUUCUCGCUGGGUCAGAAAGAGAAGGAUGAGAUCAAACGUUGUCUUCAGGAACUGGGAUCGUUGCUAAAUGUCACCAAGAGCAAGCAUGACACUUCCUUGUAUAGCUGUGGCAGCAUUUCUUCAGCUAAGAUCAACAAGCAAUUACAAGACUUGAUCAUGUGGGCCAAAGAGGCAGAAAACCACAUCACUAUUGUGAAAAGGUUAGCUCUUUUCCCCGAGGAGGCUCGUAUUCAGAUUGUUGAGAUGAAGAAAUUUCAGACUGAUAUUUGGUAUAGAAGGUCCAAGAUGCAAGAAGAAGUGGAGCAGAUGAAAUAUCUAGCCUCUGAUAUGGAAAAGGAGGAAAGUGACCAAGUAUUGAAGACAGUAGAAAAUAUGUAUGAAGCCAUUGCUGACAGCUUGGAUCAUGUUCUUGGCACCAUGAAAAAAAACCUGCAGGAGAGGGAGACACUGUUAUACCAGCUUGCUAGCAUGGAUGCAUGGCUAGCAGAAACACAUGCUAAAAGAGACCCUUACACCCAUGUUGACAAUAUUUCAAAAGCUGACAUCAGAAAGCUGGAGAGUGAGCUGAAAAAUCACAAAUUAGUUACAGCAGAGAUAGAGAGCCAUCUAAAGCUGGUGGAAGCAAUGGCAGAAAGUUGCAGGGAAAUAGCCGUAGGGUUGAGUCCAGGAGAAAGCCGCUACCUUGUCAACAGACUGUCAGGCCUUUGGACAGAAUUAGAUGGAUUGCUAGCUCAUGAGAAAGCAACCAGCUGGGAAUUAGAAGAGCUGAUUCAUGAGCAAACCUCAUUAGAUGAGGAGUUAUCAACCAUUCAGGCUAGUUUACAGCAGAUUUCCACUGAUUUGAAGGAGCAGAGGUUCCCUUUAACACAGGAAACCUUUUCAACAAUUGCACAUUUGAAGCACAUGCUAAUGGAGCAUCAGUGUCAAGUACAAGAGCUUCAACACUGCCAGGAGGCCAAGCGAAGCUCCCUGUUAUGCACCAUUGGGGAACUACAAGACCAGUGCAAAACACUUACUAUUAAUAUCUUUGAGCAAGUAAAAUAUCUUCACCUAAGGAGACAAAUAGAGGAGUCUUGCGACAUUGCCAAAAAGCAAACCCAACGUGCCAAAGAUAAAACAAUCAGUGUGGGUCAGAGGUUCAGACUAUGCCAAACACUUUUAGUUGACCUUCCUUUGGUGAAAACACAGUGUCAAGAAGCAGCUGACCAAUUGGAAGCCAUCGCUCAAGACUUGUACCCAUCUGAGCUUAAUUCAGAGAGGCAGAAGAUCCAGAGCACUGUGGAAACUUUAGUCUCCCUGGAGUGUUCUGUCACAGAUGAUAUCAAAAACCUAGAGGCCAAGCUUCUGCUGGGUCUUUGUUUUUCCUCAGAGCUUCCUGCCUUAAUAGAGCUUUUCCAAAGAACAAAAGUGGAGCUGGAGGGAGCAGAACAAGUAAAUCCAGAUGAAAAAGCCAUAGAUAUUGCACUAAGAAGGUACUGGGUUAUUUGGAGAAAUAUGGAGUCUGGGAUGAGGGUGUUGGAAGGUCUGGGACGGAAAGAAGAAAUUAACCUGAAGAACUACAAGGAACUGUACUCUCUUAGGGACACAACCAUGCAAGAGUGCAGUUUACGAAUGGAGAGUUUAUCCCAGGCUAGAGAAUCCUUGAAAGAUUACCAAUGGGCUGCUCAGGUAGCAAUAGGCUUCCUUCAUAAUGCUGAAGCCACCUUCUUAUCAGCUCCUGGAGGGUUUUUGGACUGUACUGAGGAACAAAGACAGACUCAGCAGGCUCUAGAUGCUCUUGAAGAUGGAUUUCAGGUUCAUAUCUGCCACCUUGCAGACGUGGUGCCCCACCAAACCUUGCUGUCCUGCCCAGAGACUGAGCAGCUCCACAUCAGCAUCCUCAGUCAGUUGUUGGUGGGAAGAGCCAUACUAGAGGCCCAAGCCAAGCUCAGGCUGGAGACCUUGCAGAGGUGCGAAAUAAGACAAGAAAUCCACAGGAAGUGUCAUGAAGACAUUAGUCAGCAUCUUUCAGCGCUUGAAAAAAAGCUUUCAGAAUGUGCUGCAGAACAAGUGACAUCAUAUGACAAAUGUGUUGCCCAACAAAAAAGAGCCAAGGUUUUGAUGGAGGAUGUUCGCAGUCUCGCUGGUAAAAUAGAAGAACUGAGAGCUGGAUGUCCGAUGCAGGGCUGUGGGGUUGGAAAGGGGGGCGAGCUAGACACCCUCUGGAGGCGCUGGGUGUCAUUACGAGGUGGUGUUGGUCUCCUCAUGGCACACACAGAACAGAGAGCAGAGGAAUGGAAGGAUAUCACUACAAGUAUGGAGCAGUGUUGCAGCUUUUUGGCCAGUCUUCAGGCUGAGGUUCCUGACUCCUCCACCGUGAGCUUCACUCAAGAGGAACCCCAGGAGCUUCUGGUUCAGGCUGAGAUGCACCAGGUUGGGCUGGAGCAGGAGCAGCAGGCCUUGGCCUCCCUGGAGCAUCGACUGGAGCACGCCCUGAGCCUAUCUAGUUCCCAGGAUCCCAUCAGCCCUGGACCUAUUGGCAAAACACUAGUGAAGAUCCAAGAGAAUGUCAGGAGCUUGAAAGAGAGAAACCUGCUGGUUGUAGCUGCAGCCCAGGCAGAGGUGAAAAAGAGACAGCAACUCCAAGAGGACAUAGGAGAGGUGGAGCAACAUGUGUUUGCCAUUCUUCCCUUGCUGGAAGCCUGUUCAAAUCCAUACAAACAACAGGAGCUCAGUAGGGAUUUGUCCUCCCAGAAGACCAAACUAAAGUGUAUCAUGGACAGUCUGCAGAGCCAGUAUGCUGAGAUACCAGCUGAUAUCAGCAAAAGGUUACAAGAAGUUCAGCUGUCUCUACAAAGAGAACAGGAGAAGAAGAGCGACCCUGUUCAGAAGCUGGCUGAUCAAGUGGUGGAGUUGGGUUCUGGCCUGGAGAAAGUUAAAGCGUUACUGGAGAAAAGGAGUCCAACAGUCAAUGAAGCUCAAAAUGUACUCAAGCAUGUGUGGGAUGAGCUGGAUGCAUGGCAUAGCUGCUUGAUGCUCCUGGAGAACGAGGUGCAGGAUCUUGCGGAGGAGAAUCCAGAUCAAGCUCACCUACUCAUGGACCAACUCACCCAACCACUGCAGCUCUACCAAAACGCAGCACAGAUGGCCGAGCAACGUACUGCCUUCCUCAGCAAGAUCCCUGCCUGUCUUCAGGAGUUUGAAGAUAUUCUUUACAGCGCCACCUGCUGGUUAGAUGAGGCCCAGUCAUGGCUCACUGCUCCCUGCUCGUUUACAACAGCCAGAAGCCUCCAGAAUCAUGCAAACUCCCUGCAGCUGGUCCUGGAUGACUCUGAGAGGAUCAGGCACACCCUGCAGGAUUUCAGGCUGGUCCUAGAGGAUAUCUCUGCUGUGUGUGACAUCAGCACCCAGGUGGAGAGCCUGGACCAGAAUGACCAACAAGUCCACAAAAUGCAACACAAGAUCCUAGAGCCGCUGGAGCAGCUCCUGCAGGAUGUUGCAGUGGUGGAGGCAAUAGAGGCAGAGCUUAAGGCCAUGGACAAGAAUGUCCUGAAGAUCAAAGCAAUUUUAUCCUCCAUGGACAACUCCAACAUACCUCUGACGGAGCAUCUUCACAACCGACAGGUGAUACUGGCCAACAUGCAGUUGAUGCGGAGGACAUUGGAGGAGGUGGAGAGAUGCAAAAAAGAGCUUCACCUCCCACAGGGAGCACAGGAGAGUCUACUAAUAUUUUCCAGAGCCAGACAACUCCUGCAGCCCCUCGAGGAACUGGAACAGCUCACCCAGCAACAAGCCACGAUGCUGGAGAACAAGAUUAGGGAGGAGGAUCUUUGCAUCACUACAGUCUCUGAUACCCCUGAAGAAAUACAGCAGCUAGACGGAUCUCCACAAAGAUACUUUCAGGAGGAUUUUGAGGUGUCUAAUUCAGAGGAAGAGGAGGAUGAGGAAAACGAGAGUUGUCACUCGUCGUCCUCUGACACACUAACAUGCAGUAUUCCAGAGGACCCAGAGGAGACACUCAAUGCUUCAGAUGCGCAACGAGAGGAUAUUGAUGAAAUUAAGCCACUAUCAGAAGUUAAGGCACUGAAGAGUUUGGCAAGUCAGUUUUCUUCUGAAGUGGAGAUGAGCACAAAAGGUGCUGAAACUGGGUUUUUAUCUAUGGAGUCUGGGCUUGAUACAAAAGAGUCUGAGUCAGAAAAUGAUCCAGUUGAAACGGGAUUAAUAACAAUGGAUUCCAAAGCUGAUGUUGGCAAAGCAUUUAGCCCUGAAACCGUGAUGGCUGAGUCACUAAUCGCUGCAGCCAUUCCAGCAGCAGAAAACAAGUCAAUUGCUGUUGCUACACUGGACCAACAUGGGUCACCAAAGCAUGAAACCCUUGUCACCGCCCCUCAUACAAAGAAGUCCUUUCAGGCAGCAGCUCCAGUGGAAGACACAAGACUGAUUCCUGCUAGACCUAUAACACCAUUCACUUCCAUCAGAGCAUCAGAUGAGUUUACAGAAGAGGGAGAUGGAAAUCUAUCUUUAUCCACUGCUCUCCAUCAAGAUUUGGAUACAUUAAAUAUGUUGAAUGAGCAAAGUGAAGACAGUCGUAGUAGUUUGGCGGAAGAAUCUCAGUCGUCUAAGCUGCCGAUCAGCUUGGCUGGACAUGAAGAAGAUGAGGAGCAGCUAAGGUGGAGACAACUUUAUACCCAGAUCUCUCAUAAACUGACCACUUUGAAUAAAGUUAAGGAGGAGCAUGAAACCAUGAUCAGCUCAGACGAUGGAGGGACCCAUGAAAAGGUUCCAGAAAUGGAGCUGAUAUUAACUGGGUCUACUUCUGCUGUUCUCCAGCGGACACAUGAGUCCGUCACCAUGCUGAGACACAUAGUGACCCCUGCAGAUGAUUCACAUCCAGGUGGAAAUGAGGAGUUGUACAGGGGUGUACAGAGGGUCCUCCUCUGUCUGGAUGCUUUGACUGACCUUCUGUUGACUCCUGGUGGUGCUGGUGAAGAUGACCCCCAGCUAAGGCUGCUACAGCAGGAGUGUGUAUCAACUGAGCUGGUGACUCUGGCUGAGCUGUUGAGUAAAGUGGAGUCAGAGACUAGACCUGCACUUUCGAAGAAAGAACCAGAAGCUCUCUGCUGUUUGACUUCCCUUCAGGAUUGCCUACACACAGUCCAGCUGGUCUUUAGCUCAUCCCACAAACAGCUCAUUGAACAUUUUGGCAUCACAUACCAACAUCAGGAGCCCUCCUCCAACCAGCUUUGUAUUUUGGAUGAGUUUGAGCUGGGACGAAGUGAGACGUUCCCCCGCAUAAAGGAUGCUCCCAAUUUGGAGUGUGUGCUGGGCAGACAUCUGAGGGAGAUUCCAGGGGGAACAGCCAAGCUACAGCAAGCUUCCCAGUCCUUGCUUCAGGGGAUAACUCGUCUCCUGGAACUGGGUGAAGAAUGCAUAACAGAAGGGCAGAUGAGCCAGUUUCACAACCACAGCCAACUUCAAGCCGUUCUCUGCAGACACAAGAAGCUCCUACAGGUCCUCAGGUCUCAGUUGGCUUUUGUGCAGCAUCUGUUCCAACGUGAGCCAGAAGCGCUCAGGUGUCAAGAGGAUGAGCGGGUACAGUUGGAAGUCAGAGCUAAAGCUUUGCAGCAACAGGCUCUGGAACAGGAAGUAGCUUGUCAAAGGAGGAUCCAGGAGUGGACCCGGUGGGAGGAUAAUUGUGGUCGACUGAGCAAGCUGCUGGAUGAUCUUGAAGCCUUCAUCAGCAGUGGGGAACCAGAAGGAGAUGACGAGAAGGUGAUUCAGCACCGACAAGAUGCCUGCCAGCAAACAUUGGUCCAGCUGGAUGAGAGCAGAGUUGCUUUACGACUGCUCCUGGAUCAGGGGAAGGUGCUGCAGACGGAUCCAGGGUUUGCUGCCACAGUCAGUCAUGCAGGAGGCGCCCUGGAGCUGCGAUGGCAGAGGGCCUACAGGCGGACAGAGCAGGAGAUUCAACGCUGCAGAGAUAUGCGGGACAGCCAGGCCAGAUUCCAGACUGACUUUGCAUCAGUUAGUGAAUGGCUGGUUGGUUCCAACAAACGUUUGAAGACUUGGUCAAACCUGGCUGACACCCCUGACCUAAAUGAGGAAUCGAUUAACAACAAUCUUAUCAAGCUGCUGGACUUCUCCAUGGAGCUUAAAGCCAUGUCAAAGCCAAGGACAUCUGUAUCCAGGGAAGCCACUCAGGUGCUCCGCCUGAGGGAAGCUGAUUGUCCCAGGCUAAGAGCUCAGCUCGCCAAGAUGGAGGUCAACUGGAGCCAGCUGACCUCUGAUCUGUCCAAGAUACAAGACCAGCUGCAGCAGCGGCUGCUGGUAGCAUGGCCACCGGUGAAGCUGCUGUCUGACCUAGAGGACUGGCUGAAGAAGCUGGAGGCUCGACUGAGCCAAGAGAAAGAAACAGUCCUCAAGGCCAAAGAUGCUGCUCAGAUCACUGAAAUCUUGCAGCACUACCAGGAGUUAAAGGCAGGCAUGAUCAAUGGGCAGCUCCUUCUUGAUUUCCUGUGCCAGUCUGGGCCUCAGGUGUUGGGAGUGGACGCCAAGGUUCUCUGCUCCGAACGUACAAUGUUUGCCGAGAAACUAGGCGCCGUCAGACUACAGUGGCUGCACCUUCAGAGAGAGCUGGAGAGCCAGAUUUGUGAAGUUGAACAGAUACAUCACACUUGUGCAGACAGAGAGAGGCAGUUACAUCGUCUUAACGGCUGGAUAGAACAGCAGAAAAAGCAGCUGAAUCAGUGGAGACAGCCCACCAGUCGAACUGUGGCUCGUAAGGCUCUACUGGAGUUGGAGGCUGUUGUGGGAAAAGGAAAGGAGGAGGCUGCAGCUUUGCAGGAGUUGAAAGCCCCUCGAGUGCAUGUUGAAAAGGAAGAGGAUCACCCUUGUGAUAUCUCCUUCUCUGGCCAGACAGAGAGUAUUUGUCAUGCUUGUGGAGAUCUCUGUCAACAGAUGGAAUCUCUGAGACCAGCUCUACAACAGACUGUGGAGGAGUGGAGUUGUUUUGACAGCGAUCUGAGGGAGGUUUCUCUGCACACCACUAGGUUGCGUUGUGCUCUACAGUAUCAGCCGCUGUUCUCACUGAAGCAGGCAGAAGGAUACAAGGACCUUCUCCAGCAACUCCAGGAGAAGGUCAGAAAAGGGGAGCAGCUUUGGGCAUCCUUGGACAAAUCCUAUCAGAGUCUAGUGAAGACUCUUCAUCAUGGAACAGCACAGGCACUGGAGGAUCAAAUGGAAGAAGAGCGAAAACGGUGGCAGGACGUGGUGCAGGAGCUAAAGGAUGAGCACAUGAAGACCGGCGAGACACUUUCCCUCUGGCAGGAGUACAUUCACCUCUCUGAUCAAUGCUCCCUUCACCUCCAAAACCUGUCGCAUCAGUGUGAGGGGCUGUCGAGAGCUUCAUCUCAACAGGACACUCAGGCCGUGGUUCACUCAGUGGAGAAGUUGCAGGAUGCUGCUAAGGAUUUGCAAAGCAGAGUGGGAGAUGUUCUCGCAGCUUCCAAGCCUCUUAUUGGACGUCUAGAACCACUGGCCGCAAAUUUAAUCCAAUCAGAGACCAGACUGCUGUCACGUGAUGUCCUGCUGUUGAGCCAGGCAAUGUCAAGAAAAAAGAAAAGUCUUCAGGAGGAUUUGAAACAACAGAAACAAUUUCAUGCUCAACUGGAGGCUCUUGAAAAGCAGACGCGUAGCAACCAGCUUAAACUCAAGGCCAGCUUGAAUCACACAGAGUCUGUGGAGCAGGUUCUCUUGGAGCUCAGUGAUCUGUUUCCGUCACUGUUUGAUGUCAGGGAGAUGAGUGGCUACGUGACCCUUAACAAAAAUUACACAGAAAGACUGCACAUGCUCAGCAGGCAAUGGGUUGAAAGCAUGACUCGCUUGUCUGACAUGAACAGAGAGCUGCAGUUUGAGCAUCAGCAUUCUCAGAGCUUUCAGGAAAAGUGUAAGAACCUGACGUCUAUCCAGACGAAGCUUGAGGAGCAAUUCAUCUCCAAAAAAGAUGAAAAUUACUCCAGUCUCCAAGAGAUGUUGACUGUCCAUCAGAGACUUGAGGUUGUAAUGAAUAUUGGACAUCAGAUUCUGCAGGGUAUUCUCUGUCAUGCCGUCGAGUCUGUGGAAAAAGAAACGGGAGAGAAAAGAUCUAAGCUCAUGGCACAAGUGACCCGUAUGAGGGAGAGCUGGUUGAACUCUGUGGCUCUGGCUGGCCAGCACAGGUCCCUGAUAAAAGAACAACUGGGCCAGUGGAGAGUCUACCAUCAUGGCUUGAAACUUUUGUGGAAGUUGAUGAUGGACGUUGACCCUUUGUUGCCCCCUGCUGGACCUGCUCUCUGUACACUGCAUCAGCUACGGAGCUGCACAGAUAAUUUUCAGUGUGUGGAAGACGCUCUGGGUCUGCACUCCACUGUGUACACCCAGACUCUGGAGGCUGGCAGGCAUUUAUGUAAAACCAUGACGGGGUCUGAGUGUCAGAGCCGACUGCAGUCAGACCUCCAGGCCAUACAGGAGGCCUGGGAACAAACCACUUCACUGCUGGAGAGGAGAAGAGCCCUAAUUAGCACAACAGUUCAGAAGUAUUCUCAGUGUCAGGAUGGGAUAACCAGCAUCAUGUCUGAACUGGAUGAGCUGAAAGUCAUGAUAAAACAGACGCUGCCUGAAAGACCGUACAGCUCAGAGGACAAGGAACACCUUCAGAAGACGGAGCUCUCUCUGCAGCGUCUGGCCAGUGGAUUGAGGGAAUUAACCACCAUGAAGACGGACCUGUCCCAGUACGUUGCGGCCGGUGACUCGGCUCUGCUGGAGCAGCAGCUGGAACAACUCCACAGCCAAUGGGAAGAGCUGUGUAUGAAGGUGUCCCUGCGCAGGCAAGAAAUUGCAGACCGUCUCAAUGCCUGGACCAUCUUCAAUGACAAGAACAAAGAGUUCCAUGAUUGGCUGACUCAGAUGGAGAACAAGGUGUGCCACAGCGGGGAUCUGAGCAUCGAGGAAAUGGUGGAGAAACUGAAAAAGGACUGCAUGGAGGAAAUCAACUUGUUCAGCGAGAAUAAGAGCCACCUGAAGCAGCUGGGUGAGCAGCUGCUGUUAGCCAGUGAUGAGGCUAAGCAGACCCGGGUCCACGGCUCGCUGCUGGAGGUCAACCAACGCUGGCACAACCUCUUCCACCACAUCGAAGCCAGGGUAAAGAAACUGAAGGAGACUCUGGUGACGGUGCAGCAGCUGGAUAAGAACAUGAGUAACCUCCGCUCGUGGCUUUCACGCAUGGAGUCCGAGCUGUCCAGACCCAUCACCUACAGCGUCUGUCACCACCAGGAGAUCCAGAGGAGGCUGGCCGAGCAGCAGGAGCUGCAGCGGGACAUUGAGCAGCAUACGGAGGGCGUGGUGUCAGUAAUCAGUCUGUGCGAUGUUUUGCUGCGGGACGAAGAUGCUGCUGGUGGCACUGAGGUGGAGAACGACUCCCUGCAGGAGACCAGCCACAGCCUGGACCAGCGCUGGAGGACCAUCUGUGCCAUGGCUCUAGACAGGAGGCUCAGGAUUGAGGAGACGUGGCGACUGUGGUGUAAGUUCCUCGAUGACUACUCGCGGUUCGAGGAUUGGCUCAAGAUAGCCGAGCGCACCGCUGCCAACCCCAGCUCUGCAGACGUCCUUUAUACGGUCGCCAAGGAGGAGCUCAAGAAGUUUGAGAGUUUCCAAAGGCAGGUUAAUGAGCGGCUGACCCAGCUGGAACUGGUCAAUAACCAGUACCGCCGCCUGGCCAGGGAGAACCGCACUGACCGAGCCAGCCAACUCAAAGCCAUGGUGCACGAAGGCAACCGCCGCUGGGACACCCUGCACCGCAGAGUGGCCGCCAUCCUCCGCAGACUCAAGUACUUUACCAGCCAGAGGGAGGAAUUUGAAGGCACCAGGGAGAACAUGCUGGUGUGGCUGACCGAGCUGGACUUGCAGCUCACCAAUGUCGAACACUUUUCAGAGAGCGACAUCCAUCACAAGAUACAACAGCUCAAUAGCUUCCAGAAGGAGAUCACCCUGAACACAGAGCGCAUCGACGGCCUAAUAGUGUUUGGAGAGGGUCUGAUCCAGAAAAGCUCCCCGCAGGAUGCGGCGCUGAUUGAAGACGAGCUGGAGGAGCUGCACUCCUACUGCCAGGAGGUUUUCAGCAGACUGGUCCGCUUCCACCAGCGCCUCAGCCAGCCCCCAACAAUCAAAGAAGAACCGGAGAUCUCUAGUACAUCCUUUUCUUUGGAGUCGAGCUUGGAGCUGAUUGGCCGGCCGUGGCUGGGGCGGAGCCAAGGAAGCCUCCCGGCCACACCCACCCACCUGCUGGCCUCUCCGCUGGAGCGUUCGGGGCGGGAGACCCCAGUGAGCGUGGACUCCCUGCCGCUGGAGUGGGACCACACCGGAGACGUUGGAGGGUCAUCCUCACAUGAGGAUGAUGAGGUGGAGGAGGGGGAACAUGAAGAUGAGAGAAUUUACUUCAGCGCAUCAGAGGUGGAGUUGACUGAGAGCCAGGAGGAAUAUGUCGAAGCCCCAGAGGCGCUACAAGCCUCCUCACUGGUUUCAAGCAGGUCCAUGGCCGCACAUGACUCUCCAAGAUGGCGAUCACAGGAAGACAAGGAAACAGAGUCUCUCCAGCUGGACUCGGAGGGCCACACCGAGGCUCCACCCAAUCUCACCAGCACCCCUCUAAAGCAGGGCUAUUUGCAUCUCAUGUCUCAGUGCAGCGGCAGCAUCGAGGACAUUAAAAGAGUCUCACUGAUCCUGGACGAUGAGGAGCAGCCAGAGGAGCUCGGUCUCACAGGACUGACUGCCUCAGACAAACAGUCAGGUGUGAUCGAACGCUGGGAGCUCCUUCAGGCUCGGUCCAGGAGCUACCAGCACGAUGGCCUUCAGGAACCUCAAGAGCUCAUCUCUGACCUUGAUGACAUCACUUCCUGGUUAGAAGACGUGAUCCCAGAGCUAGAGCGCCUCCAGCAGGUGGACCCAGCAGCCAGUGUUGAGGACAUGGCAACCAGAGCCAAAGAACUAAAGGAGAUGCAGAAGACAUUUACUCGCUACAAGUCUGUCAUGCUGUCUGUCAACCUGCGAGCUCAGGAAGCUCCAGAGCUUCAGGAGAGACUGGCACGUAUGAACAGAGACUGGAGCAGAGCGUGUACAGGCCUCCAGCUGUGGGACACCAGUAUGAGGAAGACGCUGAUGCGCUGCCAGGUCCGAAGAAAAUACCAAGAGUUCCAUGAGACCCUCCACUCUCUGCUGCUGUGGCUGGCCCACGCAGAGAGCAGGCGCUAUGCGGUGGACAUCAGUCACCCAGACACACCUGUCAGGGCCCUGCAACACCACCACAAGACACUCACAAAUCUGCAGGAGGAGCUAGAUGGCAGGCAGACUCAGCAGGCCUCACUCCAGGCUUUGUGGUCUCAGCUCCAGCCUGAGGAUGAGGCUGAGGAGAGCGACGAGGCCCAGGAGAAACUCCACGUGACCAGUAGCAAACUGAAGUUACUGCUGAGGCAGGUGGACCAAGACCUGAGCACCCUGCAACAGCGCCUGGAUCGUGAAUCAUCAGAAGUCCAAGGCCAAAGCACUUCUGCAGAUCUUUCUGAGGAGGCCACAAAUUCAAAGAAAGGUUCCUCUAGUCAAAGAGAGAAGAGGGACUCACCCCCACCUCGUUCCUUCUUCUCCCGGGUCCUUCGUGCAGCCUUCCCCCUCCACCUCCUCCUACUGUUCCUCCUCCUCCUGCCCUGUCUUAUUCCCAUGUCAGAGAGCGACCCCAGCUGUACAGGGGCCAACAACUUUGCCUGGUCCUUCUACCCCAUGUUACGCUACACCAACGGCCCACCACCCACUUGAUAGAGAUGUACUUUGGGUGAUCGGACACUGAGAAACACAUGCCACCUUUUUUGACACAAUAACCACGAGUACAAAAUGUCUAACAAAAUUUAAAUGUUAAGUUGAUGAAGCGAUUGUCUUCUAAAAAACAUCCAAAGUGCAGAAAUUGUAUUUGAGUGUCUAUUUUUAAAGAUUUGAUCUUAUAUUUAUUCCAUGAACAAAACCUCCCAUUUGUCUCUAUUUCAGUAAGGAAAACACCAUGUGUGGGGUAAAAAGAAAUUGAUAUUUUAGAUUAAUAAUGCAAAGAUCUUCCAAGAAAUGAAUCACUGCAUCCUCUUGGAGAUCUCCCUGCAAGGAGUCGUACAGUAGAUGGGGUCCUGACACUUGGAGAGAGGUAAAGCAGCAUACAGUAUAUACUGUAGCAGCGACUGCAAAGAGGCACACGGUAACAGGUAAAAUACUUUAAAUAUCCUUCAGCUACUGUAGAAGCCAGCAAACCUAUACUCCACUGGGUAAUAAGAGGUUGCAACCAAGUAUGAUGAGGAAAAAAAUAAAUAAAUCAGUAUUUUCUUUUACAUGUUUAUAUUCAGAUAUGUCUCCUGCCUCGGUCCUAACACUCUCCAUUUUAUGAACUGUUGACAUUUCAUUUUGUCUAAUUUGACCCUGCAUACAAAAAGCAGUUCAAUCUGUUAUAUUAUGAAAAGUUUUGUUUUUUUUUUUACAACAAGAUACUAGUUACAUUGGAAUGUAAUCUUUAUAAGGCCAACAGUACAAAAUGAUAGUUUUAUACACAUCAUUGUAUAUGCAUAUUUUUUAGAUGCUUUUUCUUGAGUAGAUUUCGAGCAGAGUACAUUUCCAUGCCUGUUUAAACACUAUAGAUUUAGCAGGAUGAUGUGUAUGUAGAGAAUGUAAUAUAAUGCUUAUUUAUAACUGUAAUUGUGGAAAUAAUGCUCCUAAUUAAGUAGUAAACACUGUCUUAACUGUAUUUACUCAUGACUUUUUUCCCCAUGUUCAGAAAUGAACCCAUUUAUGAUUUUGAGAGAAAGAUCCAGUAAGCUUUGGUCAGGGAAUAAACCUUUAAAAUACA